UCUGGGCACGCCCAGGCCCCCUGACACCCUGUGCCACCUCUCUGGGACUACAUUGGUGUGAUCACACCUGGAUGAACUGCUCACUCUCCAUUUUGAACACUGAUAAAAUGAUCAUAGUGAUCUGCCCCUCACCAGACCACCCAUCCUCUAAGAUGUCCCAGUCCACCAUUACAGAAGAAGGAGGCACCUUCGAGCACCUGUGGAGCUCCCUGGAGCCAGACAGCACCUACUUCGAGCUCCCCCCAGGCAGCCAGCCAGGUGAGCGGCCAUUGCCUUCUACCAGCACCUCGGGCAGCCACCGCAGCACUGUGGAGGGCUCCAUGGACGUCUACCACAUGAGGGACAUGAACGAUAAUGUGAUGUCCCAAUACAACUUGCUGAGCAGCAGCAUGGAGAGCCUGGGGAGCCGUGCGACGUCCGCCAGCCCCUACAGCUCCGAGAACGCCUCCUCGUCGGCCGUGCCCACCCCCUCACCCUACUCCCAGCCCAACUCCACCUUUGAGGGCCUAUCACCUGCCCCGGCCAUCCCCUCUAACACCGACUACCCCGGACUGCACACCUUCCAGGUGUCCUUCCAGCAGUCCAGCACUGCCAAGUCUGCCACAUGGACCUACUCUCCCUUGCUGAAGAAGCUCUACUGUCAGAUUGCCAAAACCUGUCCUAUCCAAAUCAAGCUGUCGUCCUCUCCUCCACAUGGCAGCAUCAUCAGAGCCAUGCCCGUCUACAAGAAGGCGGAACACGUCACAGAAGUUGUCAAACGCUGCCCCAACCACGAACUAGGACGAGACUUCAAUGAUGGUCAAGCUGCCCCAGCCAGUCACCUGAUCCGAGUGGAGGGGAAUAACCUCUGUCAGUACGUGGAUGAUCCCGUAACUGGCCGGCAAAGUGUCUUUGUGCCCUAUGAGGCUCCACAGGUGGGGACUGAGUUUACCACAAUCCUAUAUAACUUCAUGUGCAAUAGCAGCUGUGUGGGCGGCAUGAACAGGAGACCCAUCCUCAUCAUCAUCACUUUGGAAACCAGGGAUGGUCAAGUGUUGGGCAGAAGGUCAUUUGAAGGUCGGAUAUGUGCCUGUCCUGGCCGAGACCGCAAAGCAGAUGAGGACCACUUCAGGGAACAACAGGCUCUGAAUGAUAGUGUGGCCAAAAAUGGCAGUGCCAACAAGCGCAACUUCAAACAGAGUCCGCCAAAUAUUCCCAGUCCCAAUAUUAACAUGAGGAAGAGGCGGCAUGGAGAAGAAGAAAUUUACUAUAUUCCAGUUCGUGGUCGGGAGAACUUUGAGCUGCUGAUGAAGAUUAAAGACAGUUUGGAGCUGGUGGAGCUCGUGCCACAGCCACUGGUGGAAACCUACAGACAGCAAACACAGCAGCAACUUCUGCAGAGACCGAGCCAUAUAGCAUCACCCACCUCUUACUCCCCACUGUCCAACAUGAACAAGCUUCAUGCCCAUGGAGGCCUCAGCAAACAACCCUCAGUCAACCAGCUGGUGGGGCAGCAGCCCCAGCAACACCCCACUGCCCCCAACUCCAUAGCUCAUAUGGGUUCAAACAUGCUCAACAGCCACCACAUGCAGACCAAUGGUGAUAUGAAUGGUGGCCACAGUAGUCAGACUAUAGUGUCUGCUUCCCACUGCAGCCCGCCCCCUCCGUAUAACCCUGACCCCAGCCUUGUCAGUUUUCUAACCAGUGUGGGCUGUCAGAACUUCAUCGAGUACUUCACCGCCCAAGGCGUCCAGUCUAUCUACCAUCUUCAGAGUCUCUCCAUGGAGGAUUUAGGUGCACUGAAGAUACCGGAGCAGUCCCGCCUUGUCAUUUGGCGAGGUCUGCAGGACAUGAAACAAGGUGCUCCCCUCCAACUGCCUGCCUCUACUCAUCACCAUGACUAUCAUGGCCAGCAGCUUCUUCGCUCCAGCAGCAACAUGGCUGCCUCUGCAAUGGCAGCCAUUGGGGCUGCUGGAGGGGAACUGCAGCGUCAGCGUGUCAUGGAGGCUGUGCACUUCCGUGUACGCCACACCAUCACCAUCCCCAGCAGGUCAGGUGUUGUUGGGACAUCGGGGAUGGCAGCAGCUACUGAUGAGUGGGCUGAUUUUGGUUUUGACAUGCCCGACUGCAAGUUGUCACGGAGCAAGCACUCCAUUAAAGAGGAGUUCAUGGAAAGUGACGUUCACUGAGCCCGAAAAGAAUCUUUGGACUGUUUUGCCAAUUAUUGUCAACAUAAACCUAUUUACAGAGUCAAAGCAUGUGGAUAGGGUCUUUAAAUGUGCUUUUAAGUGUUACUGUCAUAUUUCAGUCAGAUUGAUUGACUGUGUUUUUUGACUGAGUGAUUUAGCAGAGAAUCAGUUUUGAUUGUGGGACAUUUUCAGUACACUUUCCUGCGCAGUUUUUAUUUUGUGCUUGAACAAUUGUUCCACCUAGAAGACUGAACGUGAGAUGGCACAAAAGUACGUCUCAAGUCUAAAUAGCAAAUACCACUGUGGCAAUAGCAUUGUCUAGGCAAUGCUAAACACACAUGGUCUGAACUAUAAUAUUUGGGACUCUGAUGAGUGCAUGUUAAAAGAGGGAACUGUAUUUUUUUCUGGAAAACCGGAUGUUGUGCAAUAAUACAUGAUACAUUUUUCUUUUACAGCAUCCAAUUACUUUUAUGGUGAACAGAAAAUGUAGCAAUUGCACAACCCCACAAAUGUCACAGUAGACAUAUCACCAUUUCACAACUUUCUAGUUUCAAUUUUGUUUUUAAAUACACAAAUGUAAUUCUCAGCUGACUUAUUUAUUGUUCUUUCAGUUUUCCUUCACUUGUACAAAUGUAUAUACAGUACCUUGUAAAUGUUUUGGACUAGAUGUGGUUGAAAAGGGGUAUUUAGUUUCAAAAUGGUGUAUCUUGUUUGAACCAAAUGUAUAGAACUGAAUGGUAAUACUGAUUACUCAGCUAUGGGAACACAUAAUCAUGUAUAUUUUUAUU